AAUGCCUCACUCCUUUGGUCUCCGUGCUCGUACUCGUCACAUGUUCUCUCGUAACUUCAGAGAACAUGGUGUCAUUGCCCUCUCUACUUACUUGAAGACCUACAAGGUCGGUGAUAUCGUUGAUAUCAAGGCUAACGCUGCUGUUCAAAAGGGUAUGCCUCACAAGUUCUACCACGGUCGUACUGGUGUCAUUUUCAAUGUCACCAAGAGCUCCGUUGGUGUCCUUGUCCAUAAGAAGGUUGGUAACCGUUAUAUGGAAAAGCGUGUCAACGUCCGUAUUGAACACGUCAAGCACUCCAAGUGUCGUCAAGAAUUCUUGGACCGUGUCAAGGCCAACGCUCAAAAGAAGAAGGAAGCCAAGGAAGCCGGUGUUUCCUUCAACUUGAAGAGAAUUCCUGCUCAACCUCGUGACGCUCGUCAUGUCUCCACCAAGAACAAUGUUCCUCAAACCAUUGCUCCUGUCGCUUAUGAAACUCUUUUGUAAAGCAAAUGGAAGAAGAAGAGUUCUUUUUUUGUUUUAUGUAAAUUAUAGUCUUCGCUUUUCCUUUUGAAUCUAUUACGGACAGCAGCUUAUUAGUCGUGGGGUUGAAGCUCAAUUUGGGGUGGGCAAUGGCUCAAUGAUCGCAAUGUUCAGUUUUAAACCCCUCCCCUG